AACUAGUAGGAGGAGGAGGAGCCAGGAUUUGAACCCAGACAGUUAACCUCAGUGUCUGUGGAAACUUAAAGAGAUGAAGACUAACUUUGCUGCAUUGGGCCUGUGGUGAAACUGAGUCUCAAAUCAGCUAAAUGACUUGCCUAAGGAUUGUGCACCUGUGCCUGCGCAAGGCGGACCAGAAGCUGGUGAUCAUCAAGCAGAUCCCAGUGGAGCAGAUGACCAAGGAAGAGCGGCAGGCAGCCCAGAAUGAGUGUCAGGUCCUUAAGCUCCUCAAUCACCCCAAUGUCAUUGAGUACUACGAGAACUUCCUGGAGGACAAGGCCCUCAUGAUUGCCAUGGAAUAUGCACCAGGUGGCACCCUGGCGGAGUUCAUCCAAAAGCGCUGUAAUUCCCUGCUGGAGGAGGAGACCAUCAUGCACUUCUUUGUGCAGAUCCUGCUUGCACUGCAUCACGUGCACACCCACCUCAUCUUGCACCGGGACCUCAAGACCCAAAACAUCCUUCUUGACAAGCAUCGCAUGGUUGUCAAGAUUGGUGACUUUGGCAUCUCCAAGAUCCUUAGCAGCAAAAGCAAGGCCUACACGGUGGUGGGCACUCCAUGCUACAUCUCCCCUGAACUGUGUGAGGGCAAGCCCUACAACCAGAAGAGCGACAUCUGGGCCCUGGGCUGCGUCCUCUAUGAGCUGGCUAGCCUCAAGAGGGCCUUUGAGGCUGCGAACCUGCCAGCGCUGGUGCUGAAGAUCAUGAGUGGCACCUUUGCACCCAUCUCUGACCGGUACAGCCCAGAGCUACGCCAGCUCGUCCUAAGUCUGCUCAGCCUGGAGCCGGCGCAGCGGCCACCACUCAGCCACAUCAUGGCGCAGCCUCUCUGCAUCCGUGCCCUCCUCAACCUCCACACGGACGUGGGCAGUGUUCGCAUGCGAAGGGCAGAGAAGUCCCUGACCACUGGGCCAUCCCUGGCCCCAGGCAGCACAGGGAGCAGGACCACCAGUGCCCGCUGCAGGGGCAUCCCCCGGGGACCCGCACGGCCAGCCAUUCCACCACCACUGUCCUCCGUGUACACGUGGGGUGGGGGGCUCAGCGCUCCUCUGCGGCUGCCCAUGCUCAACACAGAGGUGGUCCAGGUGGCUGCCGGGCGCACUCAGAAGGCUGGUGUCACACGCUCUGGGCGCCUCAUCCUGUGGGAGGCCCCGCCCCUAGGUACGGGCGGGGGCGCCCUCCUUCCUGGGGCAGUGGAGCAGCAGCAGCCCCAGUUCAUCUCACGUUUCCUGGAGGGCCAGUCAGGUGUGACCAUCAAGCACGUGGCCUGUGGGGACCUCUUCACAGCCUGCCUGACUGACCGAGGUAUCAUCAUGACUUUUGGUAGUGGCAGCAAUGGGUGCCUAGGCCAUGGCAGCCUCAAUGACAUCAGCCAGCCCACCAUUGUGGAGGCCCUGCUGGGCUAUGAGAUGGUGCAGGUGGCCUGUGGGGCGUCUCAUGUGCUGGCUCUGUCCACUGAGCGAGAGUUAUUUGCCUGGGGCCGCGGAGAUGGUGGCCGGCUGGGACUAGGCACCAGGGAGUCCCACAACUGCCCUCAGCAGGUGCCUGUGCUGCCAGGACAGGAGGCCCAGCGGGUUGUGUGUGGCAUUGACUCCUCCAUGAUCCUCACUGUGCCUGGCCAAGUCCUGGCCUGUGGGAGCAACAGAUUCAACAAGCUGGGCCUGGACCACCUGUGCCUGGGGGAGGAGCCUAGCCCCCACCAACAGGUGGAAGAGGCUCUGAGCUUCAUGCCGCUAGGUUCUGCACCACUGGACCAGGAGCCCCUGCUGAGUGUGGACCUGGGCACUGCUCAUUCAGCUGCUGUGACUGCCUCUGGUGACUGCUAUACUUUCGGCAGCAAUCAGCAUGGGCAGUUGGGUACCAGUGCUCGCCGGGUCAGCCGGGCACCUUGUCAAGUCCAAGGCCUCCAGGGCAUCAAGAUAGCAAUGGUGGCCUGUGGGGACGCCUUCACUGUAGCUAUUGGAGCAGAAGGUGAAGUAUAUUCUUGGGGCAAAGGGGCUCGAGGUCGACUGGGAAGGAGGGAUGAAGAUGCUGGACUCCCCCGUCCAGUGCAGCUGGACGAGACACACCCCUACACUGUGACUUCUGUGUCCUGUUGCCAUGGAAACACUCUUCUGGCUGUUCGCCCCAUCACAGACGAGCCCGUCCCCCCGUGAGGCAGCUGGACACACCUCUGCACCACCCUGCUGUUGCUUCUCGGGAUGUUCUUGAAAAGUACAGGUGCCUGAGGCACAACUGUCCCCACCGAUGGCCCCUGGAUUGUGUCCAAUGGGGUAUAAGAAUUAGUGGAGCUUCUGAGCUGCUUUUGGCCCUGAAUGUGUAAAACUCAACCUACCCUAUCCCCCUAACACUUCUGUUUUUCCUCCCCACCUCUUCUCUUAAGUCAUUGCCCCCAGGGUCCAGCGUGCCGAGUUGGAAACCAGAUCUAACCUUUGGAAACAGGGUGGUCUUCAGAGCCUUGGCAGAAAAAGGCUGGAGAUGGAUGUGGCUCUACCCAGACCCUGCCCCUCUCCUAGCCCUGGUAGAAAAUGCGUCCCUGGUGUCCUCGAGGACUGCAGCUCAGUGCUUUGGAGCAGGACAGGCAGAGCCUGCCUGGACUGGCCAUUCCAGCGGCCUAGCCUGUGCAUUGCCUGGGGCAGGGAGGUCCUAGGCAGCUUACGUCAACUAUAUGUCACCUGGCAUCCUUGCUGAAGGUUGCCCCUCAGCCCUCGCCAUUCCUCCAAAACAGGUUGAGGGAAAGAGUAACUGGCUGGAGCAGACCAGUUUCCAGAUGCCUGGGAAGUAGUGCCAAUAAAAACAUCAGCUGCCUGC